AUGUCUUCCCUCAAGGACUCCUCGGAUAUCACAAUCCACGCCUUCCCUCCCAACGAUCCAUCCAACCCCUACAACUGGUCCUUCUCCCGGAAAUGCCUGAUCAUAGCCCUCGGAACCCUCGUCGUGCUCAACUCGACCCUCGCAUCUUCUCUACCAUCUCUCGCUUCCCCUCAACUGGCUCGCCACUUCAACGUCACAGACGACUUACAACUAGUCCUCCCCAACUCAGUCUAUCUAAUCGGCUACGUCGUCGGACCGGUCUUAUGGGCUCCUCUGAGUGAGAACUAUGGACGGAGAUGGAUCAUCAUCUCGACGUUCUGGGCCUUCACAGGAGCGAUGGCGGGAUGUGCGGGUGCGAACAGUUGGGGGAUGUUUGUGGUGAUGAGGUUCUUGAGUGGCCUCUUCGGCGCAACCCCCAUCUCCCUCACAGGCGGCCUCUUCGCCGACGUCCUCGACGACCCCAUGUGGAGAGGCCGCUCAAUCGCCUGGUUCAUGGUCGUCGCCAGCGCAGGGCCCUGUUUCGGACCCGUACCGAGCGGUCUCCUAGCAGAAUACAGUUGGCGAUGGCCCUUUCUAUUCGGUCUCAUCCUCGCCCCAACCUCCGCUUUUCCGCUGAGCUUCCUCCCCGAGACCUUCGGUCCUGCAAUACUAAUGUCACAAGCGAAGCACCUACGCCGCCAGGACCCGGACGCGAAUAUCUACGCCCCCCUCGAGUUGAAACAUACCACCCCGCGACAGCUUGUCACGCAAGUCCUCGGUCGACCCAUACGAAUGGGAAUCACGGAACCGAUUGUCAGUGCGGUGUGUUUGUAUUUGUCGUUGAUUUACGGCGUGAUUUUCAUGUUGUUUCAGGCUUAUGGGGUGAUUUUUCCUCCGAUCUACAAUUUCACCCAAGGCCAAACCGGCCUCGCCUUCCUCCCCAUGGUCCUCGGCACCCUCCUCGCCCUCCCCCUAAACUUCUCCUACGACACCUACAUCGCCCGCGCCAAAUCCCGCUCCGCACCCUGGUCCCACCUCCAAGAAUCCCAACGCCUCCCCCUCGCCCUCCUCGGCGCGCCCCUCAUACCCCUCUCCCUCUUCUGGACCGGCUGGACCGCGCGCGCUUCAAUCCACUACAUCGUCCCUGCCCUCGGCGGUCUCCCCUUCGGACUAGGUUUCACGCUCGUCUUCAUCGGACUGAUAAAUUACAUCGUCGACGCGUAUGGAGUUCUGUCGGCGAGCGCGUUGGGCGCGACGAGUAUGGCAAGGAGUACGUGUGGGGUGGUCCUACCCUUUGCCGCGCGGAGGAUGUAUCGGGACUUGGGUGUCGGGUGGGCGUGUAGCCUUCUGGGGUUUCUGAGUUUGGUGAUGUGUGGGAUUCCGGUGGGGUUUUUGAGGUGGGGAAGUUUAUUGAGGAGUAGGAGUCCGGUGUGUAGGGAGUUGGAGGGGGAGAGGAGGAGGGGUGGGGAGGUGGGGAGGGGGAAUGUGGUGGUUGUCAGUGGAGGUGGAGAUGGAGGAGUUGCGGUGGAGGAGAAGGGGUCGGAGCAGCGGGAGGAGGAUGUGCAGAGGGAGAAGGGGUAG